GGGUGGUGUUAUUUUUAUCCUGAGUUGAAACCUUUUAGAAGUAGUUUCAUUGUUGUUUAUAUUCGUUCACAAUACAGAGUUUAGUGUAGUUUCUACUUCAGUGUCGUAUUUUAACUCACACUUUUCUGUUCAAGAUUUUCACACUCAUUUCUCACCCUCAUCUUGAAAGAAGUUACAGGGCACAAAUAAACCCAUCAGUGGCUUGGCGUUCGAAGAAAGCAUGUACUAUGGUCAAACCAAAAUGUGAUUCUUCUGGUUUAGCUAUUAAAACAGGUGGUAUCCGUUUUCAGAAGACAAAGGGUCAGCAUAUACUGAAAAAUCCCCUCGUUAUUACCACAAUGGUGGAAAAGUCUGGUAUCAAGUCCACAGACUCCUUGCUUGAAAUUGGUUCUGGAACUGGUAACCUCACUGUCAAGUUGUUAGAAAAGGGAAGGAAAGUGUACGCAUUCGAAAUAGAUCCAAGAAUGGUUUCUGAAUUGCAAAAACGUGUGCAAACCUCACCACAUCGAACCAAACUAGAAAUUCUCGUUGGCGAUGCAAUCAAAGCAAAAUCAUGGCCCAAGUUCGAUCUCUGUGUAGCGAACCUGCCGUAUAAAAUCUCCUCGCCAUUCAUCCAAAGACUGAUUAGCGCAGGUCGUGGUUUUAGAGCAGCAGUUGUUAUGCUCCAGAAAGAAUUCGCUGAUCGUCUUACGGCUAAACCUGGAGAUAAAUUAUACUGUCGUCUGUCAGCAUCUGCUCAGUUCCACUUCAAAAUUGAACAGUUGAUGAAGAUCAAUAGAAACAGUUUUCGCCCCCCACCGCGUGUUGAUUCAGCUGUUGUUCGGAUUGAGCCCAGGCAUCCAUUACCACCUGUGAUGCAUUCAGAAUGGGAUGGAUUACUGCGUCUUGUGUUUGCUCGCAAAAACAAAACGAUCGGAGCUAACUUUAGUGGCAAGUCAAUAGCUGCACAUUUACGUAAGAUUUACAUGGAGACUUGUUGCACAAAAGGAUUGUCACCAACUCCAGAGGUUAUUGCCUGUGAGUCUACUGGUGUUUCAGCAAUGGAGGAGAAAAUAACAAAUAUACUUCGAGAUUCAGGUUUCGAGAAAAAGCGCGCCCGUACUUUGGACGAAGAUGACUUUCUUAGAUUAUUAUUAGCCUUUAAAAAAGAAAAUAUAAAUUUUGGUUGAUUUUUC